AUGUUUGCCCGCCAGUCUUUCCGCUGUGCGCAACCUCUGCGCCAGAGCUUCCGCAAAUACUCCUCGGAAGCGCCUCAACAGAAGAAGUCCCUCGCUCCCAUCUACGCCACGGUCGGUGCCGCCGGCGUGGGUAUUGGUCUGUGGCGUUACUACGGCUCUGCCGCUGAGCCCAAGGACCGCCCGAAGGUCUUUGUCGGUGGUGACCAAGGAUGGGUGGACCUCAAGCUGGCCGCUGUGGAGGAUCUGAGCCACAAUACUAAGAGAUUUCGCUUCGAGUUCGAGGACAAGGAAGCUGUCUCCGGUCUGCAUGUCGCCUCUGCGCUGUUGACCAAGUUCAAGCCCGAGGGCGCGGAGAAGCCUGUUAUUCGUCCUUACACUCCUACCAGCGAUGAGGAAACCCCCGGUUACCUCGAUCUGGUGAUCAAGGCUUACCCGAACGGCCCCAUGUCGGAGCACAUCCACUCGAUGACCCCCGACCAGCGACUGUCGUUCAAGGGUCCUCUCCCCAAGUACCCUUGGGAGGCCAACAAGCACAACCACGUCUGCCUGAUCGCAGGCGGCACGGGUAUCACGCCGAUGUACCAGCUGGCCCGCCAGAUCUUCAAGAACCCAGAGGACAAGACCAAGGUGACGCUGGUGUUCGGCAAUGUCACGGAGCAGGACAUCCUUAUGAAGAAGGAGCUGCAGGAGCUGGAGAACACGUACCCGCAGCGCUUCCGCGCCUUUUACGUGCUCGACAACCCGCCCAAGGACUGGUCCGGCGGCAAGGGCUACAUCAACAAGGAGCUCCUGAAGACCGUCCUCCCCGAGCCGAAGGAGGAGAACAUCAAGCUCUUCGUCUGCGGUCCGCCGGGUCUGUACAAGGCUAUCAGCGGUAACAAGGUUAGCCCCAAGGACCAGGGUGAGCUCAGCGGCGUCCUGCAGGAGCUGGGCUACAGCAAGGACCAGGUCUUCAAGUUCUAA